AUGUCGACAGGUAAAGAACGCAAAUAUAGUCUCCUAAAUCGUUUAGUACGACUCACAGUCAAACCACCACCGAUAAAAGAAGAAGUUCGAUCAGAAUCAUCGCUUCCCAAAUUUGUAUAUCAAUUACCACAAAGCUUUUUCGAAGCUGUAGACAAUGCACGAAUAGAAGCUGGCUACGAUGUUCUACCACGUUUUCAUCAAUCAAAUGGAUCUCAUCGUCAAAUUAAACAUCAACAUACUCGAUCACCUGUGAAAAAAGUUCGAUUUAAUUUAGAACCUCAAAAACCUUUACAUUAUCAUAAGACAAUAACUCAAUCUUCAUUGCUAAACUUGCCAAGAAAACGAACUUUAUCGACAACUACUUCUAUCCAAUCCAAUGAUGCUUCAAGAAAUUUUCAUCGUAAAGAAUUUGUACAAAUACUAUAA